GUAGGACAACAUGCUGCAUCAGAGUCCCAGUUCUCAGAGAAGUUCUUCAGCCAGACUGUGGAUCACUUCAACUUCAACAUCAUGGGGAACAGAACGUUCAGUCAGCGGUACCUGAUCUCAGAUAAAUACUGGAAUAAAGGCCAUGGUCCCAUCUUCUUCUACACUGGGAACGAGGGGGACGUCUGGGAGUUUGCCCUGAACUCUGGAUUCAUGUUGGAGUUAGCAGCCCAGCAGCAGGCAUUGCUCAUAUUUGGAGAACAUGUAAGAGAACACGAACAUAGCUGAAUAAGACUCAAAUGGAUGUGCGUUUUGAACAACAGCUGCCUCUUAUGUGACAAAGGAAAAUGAGGAAAUGGCUGGUUGAAGUUUGACCCGA